CAACAGCGCACUCUCGAUUCCGAGUCAAAGCGAACGAUCGAUUCGUUCGAUCCUAUUCCUGAAAAGAAAACUAAAACCCGCGCCAUUGGAAAGGACGACUAGACUAGCUUACUUGCUCCGUGUGUGUACUGUGACUGUGUAACGCACACACACUCCGGUGUUUCCUCGCUGAUCCGUGAUUGAAGUCACGCAAACGAAGAUGGAUACGCUGCUGGAGUUGUCGACGAACGCCACGCUGUCGCUGGCGGUGGACGAAAUCGGUGGACCGGGCUAUUCGUUCGUCGAGCGAAAGUGGAACGCCUUCCUGGAUAUCAUCGGUGACGAUCCCGAUACGCUGUACAUGUGGUUUCUGACCUCGUACACCUACGGGUUCUUCUGGGUGGUCGGUGGUCUGUUCGUGCUGAUGGAUAUCCUGAACAAGCCGGCCUUUUUGCGCAAAUUCAAGAACCAACCGGGCGCGAACGAACCGCUCGAGUGGUCGAAGCUGAAGGAUCUGGUAAAAACCGUCGCCUACAAUCAGGUGUUCUUCGGGUUGCCGACGUCGUUCCUGUCGUACCAUAGCCGUAAGCUGAUCACCGAUGUGCUGCCGGAUCCGCGAAUCCUACCCUCACCGUACGUGAUCGUACGGGAUGUGAUAGUGUGUAUCGUGGCAUGGGAGAUCACGUUCUACUACAGCCACCGGUUGCUGCACUCGAGUUUCUUCUACAAGCGCGUCCACAAGCAGCACCACACGUGGACGGCCCCGGUUGCCUGGUCUGCCAUGUACGCCCAUCCGUUCGAGUUCAUCAUCAGCGAUCUGCUGCCCGUGUACGUUGGGCCCGCCCUUAUGACGUGCCACGUCUUUACGAUCCUCAUCUGGUUCACGUUUGUCAUGAUGGAUACGCUGGUCGAUCAUUCGGGCUACCAUCUGCCGGUACUGGGUAGCUCCGAGAUGCACGACUACCAUCACCAAAAGUUCAACCAGUGUUAUGGUUUGUUCGGUUGGUGCGACGGACUCCACGGUACGGAUAGUGAGUUCCGCAAGAAGAAGCAAUACAAACGGCACCAUCGCAUCUUUAGUCUCAAGUCGGCGCGUGAGCUCGUCCCAGAGCACUGAGCAGUCGUAGUAGUCUCAGUAGCAGCAGCAGCAGCAGCAGCAGCAGCAUCAGCAGCACACCUGCACGGUAGCACUAGUAGGCUGCGGUGGCAGGAUGCUUUCUUUUAGAGCAGCCUUCACGAUCGCUUGUGAUCGUACCUGUAAAUAGAGUAACCGAUGCGUAUCACCCACAGCCCACAGCGACGGUCAUUGGUCACGGUGGUGCGAAGGGUCACCAAGCGAUGCCAAGACACCUAACCCCUUGCACCCUUAACUUCCGGUGCCAGUGCAAUGCAGAUGGACCCAGCAAUGCGUACCGAACCCAACGAACUAUGACCCGGAAAUACGAUAAACAGGCGGUACUUUCACGGCCAAAGCUCGAGGCUGUUGGAGAAGAUAUGGCGAAGGGACGGAGUGGCACAUUGGCCAACAGACAAACCUCUUAAUGUUAUGUAAUGUGGAAGCUCCACGAGCGAUCUUUUUUUUAAUAAACUUAGGUGUUUUUUUUAAUACUAACGGAAGGAAAAUUAUCAUCUUAAUUAACCGUUAUUGUCACCCGCCGCAGAGGGUCAACACUGGUCGCGUGCCACGAAUCACGGUGGCGUCGUAAACGAGCAAGAAACCGCGUUACAUUGCUCGUGGCAUAUCAUAAAAAUAAACCACCUGUGCUAGAUUGCGGCUAAGGUGCGUUGCGUUUUAUGAUUAGCUGCCGGCACUGCCUUACAAUCGGUUCAACG